AACCAAUCAACCUACCUUAGUUACAUAUAAACUACUUAUACACAGCCGGAGUUUCAGACAUUUGAGAGAAAGAGAGUAGGCUUCUAAAAAUCAUGGGUGCAGCUAUGAAUUUUUUCUCAUUUCUUGCUGUUGCAAUGGUUUUAUCCAUGUCUCACUCACAAGCUCAGGAGGGUAAUUGGGGUGACGAGUCGGUUCCAUACACAAUGGGUCCGGAGAAGAUGACUAAGUUACGUUUUUACUUCCACGAUAUUAUCACCGGCAAUAGUCCAACAGCGGUUCAGAUAGCUCAGGCGACAGGAACAAACACUUCUGCUACAAUGUUUGGAGCGUUGAUGAUGAUAGAUGACCCAUUGACUGAAGGUCCCGACCCCAAUUCUAGAUUGGUCGGACGAGCUCAAGGUUUUUAUGGUUCAGCUGGACAGAAUGAACUAGCUUUGAUCUUGGGAAUGAGUCUAGUUUUUACUGGGAAUGAGAAGUUUAACGGGUCUACUAUCAGCGUUCUGAGCCGAAAUCCUGUCAUGCAUACAGAACGAGAAUUUGCGAUUGUUGGUGGAACCGGGUAUUUUCAAUUUGCUCGCGGGUUUAUUAGUGCCAAGACCUAUAGCCUCGUCGGGCCAAAUGCUGUUGUCGAGUACAAUUGUACUAUCGUUCACCCAAGCUCGGUUUCGGAAUCGGGCAAAUCAGAUUCUAGCUCAGGCAAAUCGGAUUCCAGCUCAGGGUCCCAAAUCUCUUUAGGGACCAAUCUUGUAUUUCUUUCAGUUAUUGCAUUUGUAACUAUUAUUGUAUCCCCACAGCACUUCAGCUGGUAGCAUGCAUACUUUGUACUCAGCUUCAAAGUUCUAAGAUCAACCUUUAUCAGCUUGUUAAUUUGUAGCAGUGGAUUCUUCAAAUAAAAUGCAUUUUGGCAAA